GGCCUCAUCACUGUCGCUAACUGGGGUUAGGACUCGCGAGCGCAUCUCAGAAGCGACGGAACGAGGCGGUGGAGCCUUCUCCACGGGAGCGGAAGUUCCGCCCUUCUUCCCUUUGGCCUUCGGUUCAUCGAGACCGAGCUCCUUGGUGCAGGUGGGUACGUCCGGAAAAAGCAGCCAACUUGCGGUGCGGGCGCUUUUCUCCCGCUUGAGUUUGCGGCGAAUGAGUUCGAAAGCGUUGGGACGUCCUAUCGGGAUGUCUGGGAUUUCCGGAGCAUCCGGUUUGGGACUCUUGGCUUUCGCCUUACCUUUCUCAUCUUUUUUGCCCAUUGGCGUGCGUUGUUAGAGUAUCAAGGAACCAUGGAAACGUUACGUACGCAUUCGACAAUCGGCCCGACUAUAUGAUGUCGAUGCAAGUUCAACUAUUGUUUACAAUUCAAAAUGUUUCGAUUUCACAAAAAUGUCCCAAAACAAUAAGGGAACUUUUCAACUAAUUUUUUGAUUCGUAGUAUCAUGGGUAAUACCAUCUUCAGUCGUAUUUUCAUCUUUAUGAUGUGCGUGCGUGGAGAUUAAUGGCCAUGAUAUUUCUAUGGAAUCACGUUUUUCUGUGCAAACUGAAAGCCGAUGCCAUCUUCGAAAGAUAAUCAAAACAAUAUAAACCCUGUAGAUUCGACCGAUUCGGAAAGUCAGGCAAAACCAUAUCAGCCGAAAUCGCAGAAACCCAAACUUGGCGACCUCAAGCAUCGGUUCGCCAGCGUCCAGACCACUGACGAGACCGAUCCCAAAUUAAAGGUCAUCACUGCUAAGCCCCGCCAAGAGGACGGCGGCCGUGAGUGGCAUGAUCCAACCAUGUUUUCCGGUUACUUUCGCUCAUCGAACCGCGACGCAGCGUCCUCCACCUCCGCACCUGACGAGGACCGCUCUUCCAAAGAUCGGUCGUUGUCGCGCGCCGGCCGACGAUUGUCCCUGGUCACACCUGAAGUGCAAAAGCGGGCCAGUAUAACAAGAGACUCCUUGAGUAUUCCGCCACGUCGCGACAGCUUGACUCCACUGGCCUACUUUGCGCAGCAUGAGGCCGUUGAGCAGUACAUCGAGCCGGCGGCAGUGAUCAAUCCGGAUGCUCAGGACAGUGAUUCUCCGGAGCAGACGCUCCCGAUCUUGGCACCAAGGGAUUCUGCCGAGCACUUUCGGUUACCACGCAGCUCAGUGGCAGGUGGAAUAAAAAUUGAGAUUACUCCGCCCAGCGCGCUGAAAGAGGCUAAUAACGUCAUUUUGGAGACGGUGGUCAUGGAGGUCCCCAUUGACGAAUCCGCCCCAGUACCGUCGCUAGAGAACAGCCGAAUUUUUGUCGUACAGCAGUUGACAAAGUCUACCGCGGAUGUGCCCGAGAUUGCCAUUACCAGCAGCUCCGAGACCGCAGAGACGGCUUCUAGCGGUCCCACGGUGCCACGGCAGUCCGUUCAAGAGAUCAGCAGCUCUCAUACCAACUCGGUCCCCGACAUGCCAGCGCCGCCUGCCCGACGCCGUACCAAACUAAUCGCGGUUAACGUCCGACGACAGACCCUGUCGGCUGUUCCCCGCAUAUCCAAGACCGUCCGCUUUGCGCCAAGCCCUAUCCGGGAGACCGCAGUCACGGUGGCACCAGACACAGAGAUGGAGGACCGAAGUCCUCAUUUGUGGUCGGACGAGAAGGCCCAAACUUUUGGUGGCCCCGAGGAACUGGCCAUGGAACAAGACGAACCGCUGGUUCCGGGGUUAUUACGUUCGUCGGAUCUGUCUAACAAGGAGUUAAAUACAUUCCAAGGGAAGAUCAACAAUAAGUUGUUCCAAGAUGAACGAGACGCCCUGCACCACUUUCUGGACAGCCGUUUCCCGGAGUCCUCGCGAAAAGCGUUAGUGGCGCGUAGCUAAAGCAGCACCGCAUGGACGCGCUUGAAUAAUCACAGCAGCCCCCGGCCACCGGGAACGCCGCGGAAGAGCGCCAAGAAGCAGUACGCUUGCUGUUCUACCUGCGCCCUGUGUUAGACACUCCGUUUCUUUUGUGUGUUGACUGGAUCAUGAGAGCUUUUAAUUUUUGUGUUUCUAGGAAUCAUUUUGCAUGUAUAUAAUAUUAUAAUUAUUUUAUAUGACUUUGUUAGAAUUUUUUACUUCCGCUAUUUAUUGCGUUUCUGUUUUCACCUAACAUAAAACAACGUUUCCC